ACGCCUUUCAUCCUUUACUACUCCCUGCAAUGACUCGGACGCGCCGGCUAGGCCGGCUUGCAGCCACUACUCUCUUUUUCUUUUCUCUACUUCCUAUUCCAAAGACUGUCCACGCUGGAAACACUACCUGUGUUGGGACUAUGUUGGAUUGGUACACCAGUGCGGUCGGAGAGUCGCCAUGCAUGACAUAUCAGCGACUGAGGCAGAUAUGUGACCCGACUUAUCAGGUUCCGUCCUUCCGAAGUAAUACACCAGGUGACAAUUGUGAUACACAGCUUAAUAGCUGUUGUUGUAAUUCGAUAUCAUGGGCCCUUAGUAUGCUCUGCAUGAAUUGUCAACAAGAUGUCAUUGGAGGUAGCUCUAAUGGCAUAGACGCAGGCGUCGGUGCUUAUCAAAUGUACCUCACUGAUGGGACAAUGUGUUCUUCUACAAAUCAAUCCCUUCCCACCGAAAUUCAGGCUGCAGUUUGUAAUGCAGGUAUAAAAUUGGAUGACUUUUUGUAUAACCUAUUUUGGGGUGACGGAGCUUGUGUCUACACGUUUCAAACAGCCCAGGAGGAUCAAGUCGCAAAUAAUAACAACACC